GAAAAACUGGUAGUGGAAAAACCACACUCUAUAGACAAUUACAAAUUAUAUAUGGAGAUGAAUAUUCAGAUGAUGAGGCUGGCUAUUUCAAAUGUCAUGUUUAUAAGGCCAUUGUACAGACCAUUCAGGCAUUGAUUUAUUCAAUGAAGGUACUUGACAUACAAUUUCAAGAUGACAAGAACCUGGAGACCACCAGGCAAGUGCAUACUGUGGAUACAUUUUAUAUGAAGACAAUAUCAGAAGAACUUGCCAAUGCUAUAAAACUGUUGUGGAAUGAUAGAGGUGUACAGACUUUGUUUAGAACUUUUCUGAAUGAUAUGGAUAGAGUUUUCGAACCUGGUUACUCACCAUCUAAACAAGACAUUGUGAGAUUUUUUAUACCAACUACUGGUAUACAGGAAUAUGUAUUUGAACAGGAAGGCCAUUUGUUCAGAAUUACAGAAAUGGGAGGCUUCAACUUGCACACUUUCCGUUGUAGAAAACUUUUGUUUCAGUUUAUUCAAACUAUUCAUGUGAUAUUUUAUGUAGCAGAAAUAAGUGUGUUUGAGAGAGCAGUGGAGGGUUCAGACUCUGAAAAUGAAGUUGUAGAGGCAGUGGAUUUGUUUAAAUUAGUGGUGUUACACCCAUGGACAUCUAGCUUUAUCGGUGCAAUCUGGGAGUGA